CCUUCCAUGUUAGCUUGUUUACCGGUGCUAGUACAGAUUCAUGAGUGAUGGAAUAUGGUGAAGAAGAAGAAGAAUAGAGAUUGAUUUUUUAUGGAACACAACAAAUAGAUCUGGUUUUUCAGAUUUCAUCUCAGUCAAAGAUAUUUAUUAUCUUUGGAACCAUCGAUUGCUAAUAUGUGCCGACGAUGACAACCACUCAGCUGUAAUAUGGGCUAACAUACACGUUUUACCAAGUUUUACCUCCCUUGAAAGUAGGUGAUCGUUACAACAAAUAGAUCCUGCCGUAUUUUUGGAGUAUUGCCGUAUGUGGCUGUGUCCAUACGGCCGGACACACGAUACGGCGACCCAAUGGGCGUAUUGGUGCAACCCAGCCGGUCAGCGUACCAGUCUAUUACAUUGAAGCCUGAAUUCUUCGAUGUUUAUACAAUUUCUGAACCUCAAGUUCAGUGCAGUGUGCUUUUGAAGUGGACUAUAGAUUGCACCAAUGGUAUGAAGAAAUCCUAUUGGAUUACUUGUAAUGUUGAGCCUGACAUACAACAUCUUACUCUUGAUAGGACGAGGUUCCCAAGUAAUUUUGUAGUGAGACCUCGUGACUUGAACAGAUUGCUUGGUAAUUUCCAGUCAUCACUUCAGGAGAUCACUGUGAUACAGCUCUACAUACUCAGCUCUGGAUAGACCCUUCUGAAGAAUUUCUGCAGUAUACACACACUGGAGAUCCUGUGGAUGUGACUUUUGCGGUGAAGGAGCUAAAGGCAUGAUAGUCAUCUUUUUCUACUUUCUGUUACUGUUUUAGUUUUUCCUUUAACGGCUAAUCUUAUGAGCAUGGAAGUAAUAUUCGCCAAAGACAACACCUGGUGGUAAACCUUACCAUUUUAUAAGCAUAUUAUGCAUU